GCACCCCCUGGCCCCUCGCUGCAUUAUCUAAUCGUAGGUCCAGCGAGCUGGAGGCGGGCCGCCCGCCCAUCCGUGCUCCAAACGGAAAAGCCAAUGGGACGUAAUUUCUACAGAUAAGGGGAUGGACAAAGGGCACUUGGCAUUUUUUUCAGAAGCUAAUAAUUAAUCCAGGAUGGUUUCCUUUCAAGCUCCCGGUCUUCUAGACAACAUUUGCUCCAACCUGCACUUGAGCAGAAGGGUGCAGAGAGCAAGAAGACACCAACACGCAAUCGCUGAGGAGAGCAAGAAUGGUCUCGGUCAGACUCCAGUUGGCAGGCUACAUUUUGGGGCUGCUGGGCUUGCUGGGCACCCUGAUUGCCACUCUGCUGCCCAGCUGGCGGAUCAGCUCCUACAUUGGCUCCAGCAUUGUCACAGCGGUUGGCUUUUCAAAAGGACUCUGGAUGGAGUGCGCAACCUACAGCACAGGCAUCAUGCAAUGUGAUAUCUACAACUCUCUGCUCAGCCUGCCCACUGACCUCCAGGUGGCCCAAGCUAUGAUGGCCACCUCUGUUGCUGUAGGUUCGCUGGCUGCCAUUCUCUCUGUGGCGGGGAUGAGAUGCACCAUCUUCUCUCAGAGCUCCCCAGCAAAGGACAAAGUGGCAGUUCUGGGAGGAAUCACUUUUGCCCUGGGGGCACUGCUCAGCUUCAUCCCUCUUGUGUGGAAUUUCCAUGUGAUCCUCCAGGACUUCUACAACCCUCUUGUACCAGACAGCAUGAAAUAUGAGAUUGGGGAAGCCUUGUAUUUGGGCGUCCUAUCUUCCUUGAUCUCCUUCAUUGGCGGCACCAUCCUCUGUGCCUCCUGCCCACCUCGUGACUCGCAAGCAACCUGCUACAGUCCUCAUCAUUCUCGGGCCAUGGCGGACAGGAGCUCCCUGCCAGCUAUCACAUCUCCAAAGGCCAGCGCAUAUAGCCAGACUGGCUAUGUGUAGCAGUGGCUGGCCACCCAUGAAAACUGGCUCACUGGAUGCACUGAGUAGGUAAGCAGAGAGACAAAUAGGCUUAUUCUUCCCACAACCCUCCUUUCAUCCUCAGCACUCCAGCCCUCUCUCUUCCCGAUGCAACUUGGCACUGCCGAAGGUGUUGUAUUGCUUGUCAACAGUCUGGUGACUGCAGUGUCUUUGAGACCAGUGGGGCUGUGUUUCCUCUGAAGACCUUCCUGCUAGACCAAGCAAAGUGCCCAAUGACUGCAUGGCACAGGAGGAAUCAAUUUGGAGGAGUCACAGAUGCCCACCAGGCCUCUAUUAAGCACCUCUCAAAUCCUGCCGUCAUCCCAUCUCCCAUUCCAUAGGAUUCAGCCCGAGUGGGAAACAGGACUAGGAGGACAUAGCUCAGUGCUGUGGGGAAACAGUCACCAUUUCUGGGAGAGACCUGCAAGUCCUUGGUAAGGGAAUAAAAAAAAAAAAAAACCACCCCAAUCUGCCGGAGCCCAUAACAAGAG